AUGUCAACUCAAGUUGAUGGAAACUCUAUAUCGGUGGCACUCCAAAAAUUAUGUCGACUUGUUACUGGCUGCGCAGAAGAUGAAAUCUUGCCUUAUUAUCAGCAUGCAAUCAAGAUAAUUAGCAUGCAUUUUGAUACACCUACAAAUUGUAAUGAAUUUGAUGUUGCUGAAAAGAUUAAACGUCAUUUGGCUCGUCAUAAUAAGGAAAAGGAAGCUGCUCAGUUUUCUGAUUCUUAUAGAAGAUUGCAAAAUAAUAAAGCCAUUCGACAGAAAGGUGCUGUGUUGGCCUUUUUAUACCGCCUAAAAGAAAGCAGAGCUUUAAAAAAUAAUCUGCCUUCCAGUCAAAUAUUUGGUUACACUUUCAACUUUGACACUUCAACUCCAAUUACCUCUGACACAAAUUAUCUUUCUAACAUGGUUGUUGAGCCACCAAACAGUGGGAGUGGUUGUACUUUACCUCAAUCAGUGUCUGCCAGCAGUGGCUUUAGCAGCAUCCCAUCUGGCCUUAUUUCCCCAGAUCCACAAUAUAAGAAAAUAACCAAUGAGCAAACAGAAGCUGGUUUUGUGGUUAAAAAUCAAUCUACUGUACUGGGAUCCCCUCAAACUGCUAUUGAGUCUUCACAAUGCGCAAUAAAACCAUCAAGAACCUUACUGAGAACACCAUCAAUGGAGCAAAGAAUUGUUAUCGACAAAGGAGAUAAUUUGCCAUAUGAAAUUUCAGAAUCUGAAUUGUUGAAAGAUUUGGUAUAUGUAUUUCAAGGUAUUGAGGGUAAAUGGAUCAAAUUUGAUCCUUUCUCUGAUGCAUAUAGAGUAAAUUCUCAAUCAGGAGUUCCUAAAGCUAUAUGUCAACGUGUAAACAAGUUAGCAGAAUGUGGCUGGUUGCAUAACAAAAUAAAAAAUUAUGUAGAACGGUGCAGUCAGUUAAAAGCUGUUGGUCUUGUUGAACAGAGUUUUUGUGCAGCUCUUCACCAAGAACUCACAGAGUAUUAUAGAUUAAUGGCAGUGUUAGAGAGUCAGUUGCAUCAGGAGGAACAAGGCAUUAUGGGUGAAUAUGGUCAUCUGACAUUAUGUCGGAUGUUAGUAUGGACAGCUGAUCCUUUAAUUCGAUUGAAGGCCUUAGCAGCAUUAGUUGAUAUUUGCAAAGAUGAAAGAGGAGGAGCAUUAGCUUCUACAAUUUACUCUUGUAUGCAACAUGGUGAUCCUUAUUUAAAGCAAAUGCUUCAACACAUUCUCAACAUGGUUGUGCACCCAAUAUAUGUAACUCUUUUACGCUGGAUUUAUGAUGGUGAUCUAGAAAAUGAUCCUAUGGGAGAAUUUUUUGUAGCUUGUGAUCCCAAAGCUGGUGUUGACUUAUGGCGAAGUAAAUACAUGCUGCGUACUGCAAUGAUUCCAUCUUUCAUUAGUACUGAGCAAGCAGAAAAGAUUCUUAAUGCUGGAAAGUCAAUUAAAUUCCUUCAUCAAGUUUGUCAUGACCGAACACCGACAAAAGGCCAACAGGUUGUGCAAGAAAUUGAUGUCAAACAAGCUGAAUCUAUGUUUACUCAGAAUACCAACUCAAGUUUUCAGCAGAUGAUUGAUAGAGUGUAUAUUGAGACAAGUUUACGAUUGUUAGAUUGCAUGCAUACCAAAUACAAAUUUAUGGAUCAUUUGAAGGCUCUUCGUCGAUAUCUUCUUUUUGGCCAAGGAGAUUUUAUUACUCAUUUAAUGACUCUGCUUCAGAAGGAAUUAGCUAAACCUGCAAAUACAUUGUAUCCUCAUAACCUCACUGGAAUUUUGGAAGCUGCAAUACGAGCUACAAAUGCACAAUUUGAUGACAGUGACAUUUUGGACCGUUUGGAUGUUAAAAUGAUGGAGGUUUCCUUUGGUGAUACAGGAUGGGAUGUUUUCAGUCUUUAUUAUCAUGUUGAUGGACCCAUAAAAACUGUAUUUUAUGAUGAGUGUGUCAUAAUGUAUUUAAGAACAUUCAAUUUUCUAUGGAGAGCUAAACGGAUGGAGUACAUUUUAGCUACAGUCUGGAAGGAUCUUAUAUCAAAUGCUAAAAGCUACAGGCAGUUACCAGAGUUAAAUGGAGUAUUGCACCUUUGCCAUGUUCUUUGUUCCAAAAUGGUCCAGUUUAUUAGUCAACUACAAUAUUAUAUAAACUUUGAGGUUUUGGAGUGUUCUUGGGAUAAACUGGUGACAGAAGUUAAAAAAUCAAAGGAUUUAAAUGACAUAAUCAAAGCUCAUGGCUCAUUUCUUGUUGAAAUUACAACUGGUUGCUUAUUGGAUGAUGAAUCUUAUGAUAUUUCUAAACAAUUGCGAGCCAUCUUUGAUUUGAUCAUCCAGUUUCAAUCCAAUUUGGAUAAUUUGUAUAAAUGUAGCAAUUUGGAAAAAGAAAAUCAAAUUCAAUAUGAACAAAUAAGGAAAGAAAAAACAAAACAGGGACAAUGGGGCCUGACUUCAUCAGAGGAAGAUCUUGAAAUGACUCGGCGUGCUAAUUUUUGUGAGAAAGUAGCUUCAAUGAAAGCAGAAUUUCUUGUGCUGGCAAACACAUACCAGAACAUGGUACAAAUGUUUUUGAAUUUACUUGAUAUCAAUAAGUUUGAUAUGGAUCAUAAGUUACAGUAUCUUUGCUAUCGAUUGGAUUUUAAUGAACAUUACAAGAAAAUUUCUUCAGGCAAAGCAGUUUAUGAACAACAUAUUUCUGGUUUUUCUUAUCUUUCCAAAGGAACAGUUGCUGAUUACAAAAAGCCCACCUUAACUAAUGGCAACUUACAGUGA